AAAAGUCAGAACGAGACAGCAAAAUGAGGAGACGUUUUCAUCACAGCCUGAGUCUACUUUUCCUUUUCCUGUCAGAGACCUUCAGCUCUGUUGGUGGAUCUUCAGUUCAGGAAGUGAUCGGUGCUGUAGGCGAGUCUUUUACAUUCCAUACCAGUGUCCCUGUUUCUGGGAUUUUAAUUUAUAAAACUAACACAGUUGGACAGAUAUUGAAUAAAUACAGCGACACAAACGUGAGUGAGAAGUUUGUGAAUCGUCUUCACUGGGACGGUCAGAGUGGGUUCUUCACUCUCACAGACCUGAGAACAGAUGAUUCAGGACUUUACAUAGUGGAGAGCAUUAAAGAGCCGCAGGGAAAACAGGAUUAUCAGUUGGAGGUGUACGAGAGAGUUUCAGUUCCUCAGGUGGUGAACACAUCCUCCAGUUCUUCAGAGUUCUGUUUGUUACUGUGUUCUGUGAGGAACGUCAGAGGACUGAAGCUCUUCUGGUCUAAAGAAAAUGAUGUUUUAUUAAACUACACCAGCAGCAGCAACUCAUCCGACAUCACACUGAGUCUUCAUCUAGAAAUAAAGAUGGCGGACAUUCACACGUUCAGCUGUGUGGCUUCCAACCCAGUCAGUAACGAGGCAACCACAAUCAACAUCACACACUACUGCUCUCUGAACUCAGAUGUUGUUUCUCAUCAGCAGAGGACUGUGAUUGUUCCAGUUGUGGUGUCUGUGCUUUUAGUCGUGCUAGUAAUCGUGACGUAUGUGUAUCUGCGGAGAAAGAAAUUAAAUGGACCCUAUCGGCGUACAGAAGGCAGAAGAAAUCAUGACUCUGUGUGUGACAACAGAAGUUUAUUACCAGGUUUAUGUACAGUGAUUGCAGCAGCAGCAACAGCGGAACAGAAUCAACCGGAACUGAAGACUGAUCAUCAGAUUAUUAUCAGACCAAAGAAAAGAUAGUGCUAGAUAUUUUAUUGCUACUUUUGUUUUACACAAACACAGUCAUCAACGUGGGGUGGCACGGUGGUGUAGUGGUUAGCACUAUUGCCUCACAGCAAGAA